AUGAGGAGCAGAUCGCCUGCAUUCGUGGGGACGGAGUCGUACGGUCCUGACGACCCGGUACGCACCGGGUACCAAGCGUUGACGCUGGCGGCCUUCAGAUCACCUGGACUGCUCGGAACGCAUGGAUUUAGCUUCGGCAGCAAUUUCGGCUUCCGUGAUCCAUCGACGACGUCGCCGUCCGCCACGUACGACACGUCCGGCCAUCCUGCCCUACCGCCCGGUGCCGCCGGUUCACUGCUGAACCUUUCGCAGCACGCCACCAGCACCCACUUCCGGUCCGGCGUUCCAGCACAUCACGGCGAUACCGGCAGUCCGGUCAAUUUGUAUCUCGGCAGCUCCGGGGCGAUAGUGCGUGACGGUGCACACGAUCAGCAUCACGGUGCAGAGAGUCCCUACGGGCGAUCGUAUCACAGCUCCGUGGACGGCACGGGACUUUCGGCCAUUUCGGAGCAUCUGACCGGGGCGGGUCUCAGCGGGUCGUACGGAAUAGAGCAGGAGAAACCGGAUCAGGACGACGAAAUCAAUAUCCUGCCGGACGGAUCUCGCGGCAACAGUCCGGUGAACGGGCGGCUCAAUAGUAGUAACUACGGUUCGGAAGGUAGUCCGGAACCGGAAGGUCGGGAGUCCGGCUCCAAGCAUCGGCCCGACGAAUCGUGCGGAAGUCCACUGGGAAGUGCCCGGUCGUACUCUAGUCAAACUAAGGACGGCGAGCUGGUGGGACUCGGUAGCUAUCCCCUGUCAGGAAGUCCCCACGGCGGCGAAGACAGUGUCGGAUCGUCUCGAAGUCCCGAAAAUCUUUCUCACGGCGGCGGUACCUGCGGCACACAGCCAGGAUCGCUUCAGUGUCAUCAACCAUCAAACGCUUCGGGAUCUUCGGUUGCCUCCUUCGCGCUCUCCGCAGUCGGACAUCAACUGGCACAUCAGCAGCACCAUACCGGGGCGGUAAACCACAAUCAUCUGGGGGCCAGCGCGAAGGGUAAAACUCCCCACACGAUCUCGGACAUGCUGGAUCACAAGUUGCAGCUGAGCUUUCUUGGGCCACCGCUGGCGGCUCUUCACUCAAUGACGGAGAUGAAGGCGGCCCAGCAUCAGCAACACUCGCACACACAGCCACACCCCGCCCAAGGGCCCCAUUCCGGUCCGGGGAGUCCCGGCGGGCAUCAGACGGCAGUAUCACAGACGCAAACACACUCCAGCUCGGCCAGCAAUCCGCACGGUAUCGAUACGAUACUGUCGCGGCCACCACCCGUCACCACCGCCCAACUGAAUGCCUUAGGAGGCGGAAUGCCCCGCUUCACGGCGGCCGUCGCUGCGGCAGCCAACAUGGCGCAGUAUCUGUCCCAGAACCACGCCAACGGUCCGAUGAAGGCACACGCCGGCCCGCUCGUCGACCGAACGCAUCUGUACUGGCCCGGUCUGCAGGGUUUGGUGGCCAAUCCGAUGGCAUGGCGAGAUCGGCUCGGUUCCACCAUGUCCGCCAGCCUGUCGCAGAGCCAUCACGCCCAGGACAAGGACGGCAAGAAGAAGCACACCCGGCCCACGUUCAGCGGUCAGCAGAUAUUCGCCCUCGAGAAGACGUUCGAGCAGACGAAGUACUUGGCCGGUCCGGAACGGGCCAAGCUGGCGUACGCUCUCGGUAUGACCGAGUCGCAAGUGAAGGUAUGGUUCCAGAAUCGACGCACCAAGUGGCGCAAGAAACAUGCGGCCGAAAUGGCGACGGCCAAACGGAAACAGGAAGAGCUGGGCGAUGGUGAUGGGGACUGCAGCGAACCGAUGGAUUCCGAUUCCGAGAGCCUGGAUCUAGUCGACACCGGAAGCAACCAACGGAAACGCUGCCGGAUGGAGGACGAUAUGCGACAUUAG